AUGGCCUCGCUCCGCACCGCGGCGACGGCCGCCCUCGCCGCCCUCAUCGCGGCGGCACCAUCAUCAGCCCAGAGCAGCAGCGACGGGUGCCCCAACACGCUGCGCGUCGUCGACUACGCGGCGCCCGUCGCGGCGCCCGGCUGGGCGUACCGCCUGGCGGCGCGGGGGCUGCGGCGGCCGCGCAGCCUCGCCUUCGACGCCGCCGGCGGGCUGCUCGUCGUGGACGUGGGCGCGGGCGUGCUGCGCCUGGCCGUGGAGCAGGAUCGCGGGGCGACGUGUGUUGUCCUGGGCGAGGCGAGGACGGUGGUGAAUAGUACCCAGCUCACCCACGGCCUCGCCCUCUCCACCGACGGCAAGACGCUCUACGCCUCGUCCGCAUCCUCCGUCGUGGCCUGGCCCUACGACCCCAGCACCGGCAAGGUGACGGGCCCCAACCGAACCGUCGUGGCCAACCUGUCGUCCUCGGAGCGCGGCGAGGCGACGACGCGCACGCUGCUGGCCUCGCGCAAGCGGCCCGGCACGCUCGUCGUGUCGCGGGGCGGCCUGCUCGACGACGACGGCGACGCGGGCGCGCGCGCGAGGGCCAGCGGGCAUGCGCAGAUCCGCGCCUUCGACGUGGGCGGCCUCGGGCCCGACGACGAGGCAAUCGACUUUGCAGGCGGCCACGGGCGCCGUGGCAACGGCAGCGUGCUUCUCGGCUGGGGCCUGCGCAACGCCGUCGGCGUGGCUGAGCAUCCGGCCCGCGGCGGCAUCUGGUCCGUGGAGAACUCCAUCGACGAGCUGACGCGCGCCGGCCGCGAUGCCCAUCGCGACAAUCCGGCCGAGGAGCUCAACUUCCACGGGCGCCUCGACGGAAACGGCGCGCCGGACCGGGACGGCGGUGGCAACUACGGCUUCCCGCUGUGCUUUGCCGUCUGGAACGCCACCGCCCUACCGGACGCCGGCUCGCUCCGCACAGGCGACCAGUUCGCCGGGCCCGAGGCCGCCGCCAGCAGGGUGUCGGACGAGCAGUGCAGCAAUGACUAUGUCGCGCCGCGGCUGGUCUUCCAGGCGCACUCGUCGCCCCUUGACAUCAAGUUCAACGGCGACGGAUCGAGAGCCUUCAUCUCCUUCCACGGCAGCUGGAACCGCGAAUCCCCCGUCGGCUACCGCAUCGCUGCCGUUGCCUUCAACAACGCCACGGGCGAGCCUUCGGCCCCGCGCGACAGCACCAACGCUGCCGUGGACGUGCUCUCGGCCCCCGACCUGGCCAGCUGCCCGGACGGCUGCUUCCGGCCCGUCGGCCUCGCCUGGGACGCCAGCGGCCGCCUCUGGUUCAGCUCCGACACCACGGGCGAGAUCUUCGUGCUCCACCAGAGCGGCGACGGCGGCGAUGGGGCCAAUGUCGGCGCACCGUUGCUUGCCCCCGCCUUGGCUGCCGUGCGGGCGGCCGUGCUGUGCGCGGUCGUCGUGGCUGUCUUUCUCGCGUGA